GAAGGUAACAUGUCUUUGUCUGUUUUAUUUUUGUGUCUCACUCUGCCACCGUCACUUACGGGUUUACUGUUAUCGUUAACAAAGCCAGACGGCAGUAUUGACACGCCCAUGCUCGUACAACAUAUCAGCUUACUUGAACAAGCCGUAGCAAGUCUCAGGACCACAACAUCAGACCUGACAUCAGAGUUAGAUGCAACCAAGAAGAACCUGACGGCGACUCAAUCCGAGCUGCAAAUCACAAAAAGUGAUCUACAGACAACCAAGACAGAGCUUCAGAUGAGCAAAGCGUCACACAAUAACACACCGGUGGCAAGAAACAUUGCAUUCCACGUAUCAGCGCCGAACAGUGCCACGUCGGGAGUUCCACUUGUGUAUCAGUCCAUUCUCUACAAUGCUGGGUCUGCUUACAACAUCACUUCAGGGAAGUUCACAGCACCAGUCUCUGGAACGUACAUGUUCUGGACACAGCUGGACAUGAACCAGCAGCGCUCUUGGAUGUAUGUUAAAAUCAUGCAGUCAGGAUACAACACAGCCGUUUCCGUUGGCCUCGCACAGACAGGUUCGGACGUGUAUGAGUCUGACGCUACAGCUAUUGUAGUCAACCACGUGGAAAAGGGCGAGCAAGUGUGGGUGGAACCAAAUGCGUCCAAAGAUAUUGACAGUAAUGAUGGAACCUUUUUUGGUGGUGUUCUGGUGUCCGUGAAUUCAAAUUGACCUAAU